UUUCUUCAAUGCUGGUAGAAAUUUUUAUUGUUUUAAGAAGCUCAAGAGGAGCGCGUUGUACCUGCCAGAAAUAAUUCCUCUUUCGCAACGCCAUUAUAUACUAUUAUUACUUGUUUUAAUUCUUUUUUUUUACUUCGGAUUUCACCACCAUAGAGGACAUAAGCAUCUGUGCGAGACGCCGAGACCGCGAGAUGCGUGGAAUUCGAGCAAUUCUUUAUUAUCGUAUUCAUAAUCCAUUCUUGAAUCCGUAGUUCCUACAAUUAAUAUAAUCCGGACGUUAUAAUUGUCGAGUAUGAAAAAAUUUUCUCUCAAUUCUUACCGCUGGUUUAGUACGAUAAAAUUACACGGGUAACAAUUUGAAUUUCGGACGAUUGCGGGUAUAGAUGUGAGUUGAGGUUCUGGAGAAUGACUUUUAAAUUGGCGAGGGAUGAUCGUUUGACAUUAGACUCAUGCGAAUAUAUCUCCAUAAGGCUGUCUCGCUGUUGGACUUUCAAACCUGAAACACAAUGUGAUUUCUCCGGUAGUACAGCGAACGACAGCGAGGAAACAAUCAAAUUCUGUCGGGUAGCAUAGAAGAGAUGAUUAACGUCGACACGCCUAAUUUUACGGAAAAAAUUAACUUGCGAGGUGUUGCUAUACCAUUAAUUCGCAAUGAUGAUUGUAUAUAAAAACCAUUCAGAAGGUGGGGAUAUUCCAGUUUAUAGAUAUACAGACGUCGGACCAACUUCGAAUCACAAUAUUCCAGACCCGAAAGUGACAAGGAAUCCCUAUCGGCUCUGCCUAUAGGGGAGAAAAGAUAACCGUCCGCUGCUUUGCAGGAGCAUUUGAGACUACAGCAUAAAUAAAAUAUAAAUGAAAAACCGACUUUAAAUAAAAAAAAAAACCAAGAAACGAAAUUUUCAUUCCAAGUUUCUGUGUACCAGAAAAAUAUUCACAAUCGUCGCGGUAUUUACUUUAGGGUGCUGUAAAAAGAGGCCGAAAUUUCUUCGAUCUACAUUUGAUCGUUUCUAAGUUUCCGCUUCGUUCUAAUUUGGUCAAUUAUACAGUGUUUAACAACCAGGGCAACAAGUAAUAGGGUCCAACAAUUUAUAAGUAUAGUGUUUGUGCAAGUGAGAAUAAAGCGAGAGUGUUUUUAAAAGCAUUCUGGAAGUCGUGACCUCUUCUAGGUGAUAAUUACCCUGCAUUAGCUCUAGAACAAUUGAAAUUGUCAGAAGAAAGCGAAAAUAAAAUAAAAGAUCGAUAGAAAUAGAAAUAAACGAAAUGGGUUACUGGAAUUGCGGUAAACGUGAAAUAAAAACGUGGGUAAAAUUGCUUUUCGCAUCGGUCUGCUUCAAUUGUGUAAUAUUCGUCAAUAGUGACAACGUUACAAAGUCAUCGAGAAAUGCUCGGACCUUUGUUCCAUUUCCCAAUUCAAAAUUCGUCACUUUUAACACUCACGGCGAUAGUCUUGGGAUCGAUUUGGAUUUAUCUAUUCCAUUUUUAUCAAUCCCUUUGGAUCAAGGAUAUGGAGCCCCGCAAUCGUUGGUCAAUAUAAACGCAAAAGCCUUGACUAUUGCUGGAAUAUUCACGGCAGUCUCGACGGUGAUCGUACCCUUGAUAUUCGAUAAGCAUCAUCCGGCGUCCAAUUAUCGAUCUGAUGACGCUCGUCAUGAAUCUUGGAACUAUGGCGACGCUGUGAAUCAAAUUUUCAUGGGAAACUCUUACCUCGCACCUUGCACGAAGAAAUUCAUUUGUUCGAUGGUGUCCAACGCGUGUCAUUCGAAAAAGCAGAAGACCGGUAUGGAUAAAAUCAUCGAUGGGAUUUCGAGUCUCGAAUGGUUCGACCGAAUGACGGAAGGUACUGUGAUACAGGAAGCGGUGUUGGCUGGUCGCAAAUCGGAAGGUAACUGCAACGUCUUAUAUCCUCAGUGUUUCCUGUCCAGGAAAUUCUUUCCGAGUUCUUCAGAUCCAACGGCGGAUUCCUAAUAUCUGAUAACAUCAUCUGCUGGACGUGGAGGACUACGAAAUUUCUGAAGUAUCAACGGUUCGACCCCUUACCAAUAGAAUUAAAUUGUUGAUAAUUUUAGUAAUUUGUUUAAUACUUCGAGCUUGUUAUAUUUUUACUAACAUCAAGCCAUACCAUAUUGCAUAAAAAUAAUAUGAUUCAUUAGCGACUUGAGUACGUAAACAUGUUAUUCUCUCUAUGAUAAUGUAGACUAAAAAUUAUAAUCAUAGUUGCGAGCCCAUUUAUGCUUACGUACGUUAUACAUUACAUAUUAUAAGUAUAUCUACACCUAAGUCACCGAUUAUUUUAUCACGAACUUGAUACUCCCUUAAGAUCCUUAAAUAUUGACGUUAUUGUUCCUGCAGCGUGUAUGUUUAUUCUUCUAUUUCAAUAAACGGUGAGUUUCAACGUUCUACGAUGAGUAAAUUGAUUCGUCCGUUCUCUUUUCAUUUCAACCACAGUUAGGGUUCAGCUUUGACUGUAAGUAGGUACGAUACAUAUCAGGUCAACGUAAUGCGGCCGUGAAUUGAAGAGAAUAGGGGUGGAACUGAAUCAGAAUAAUAGUUUGGGGCGCAUACCAGAGGGUGCCAGCGAAGAAGGAUAAUAAGAAUUCGGAAGGAGUCGAGACCUACGAUUUACUUUUAUAAUUCUUUUUUACUUAUAUUUAACUUUUAUUUUUCAGGAUGGAGGAGAGCCCAAGAAGUUCUUGGCUGUGACUGGGACAUUAAAAACUUCGUUUCUUCCGCGAAAUUUAUUAUUUCUGUGUUAAAUAUAAUUAAGUAUAUACAAAUGAGUUAUAAUAUACAUCUAAAACUUAGGUAAUCAAGUAAUUACUAGAAUGAUUGAAUCAGGUUCUUAAUUUUUAUUGGAAUAAAAUGAGUGCCGACAAUACUUUAACAAAAUGACAAAAGAAGUUCUUUGCAAGAAUGCAUGAGUAACAAAUAUUACGAUUUGUUGGAAUGUA